CAACCACCAUUUAGUUUAAAAAGACUUGACUAUUCAGAUUCUGUCAUUUCCUAAGGCUCUAGGAUCGGUGUUGCUGUUGAGGGAACGAUGUCGUGCAGUCCUUUGGUUUGGAGUGUUACAUCUGGUGGUUCACUUAUCUUGGAAAGAAGAGCUGAACUCUGCAACCAGUACUCAAUUGAGAAUGUGGACAAACUGCAAGGAGGUAACAUCUACAACACCCAACGGUACGUCGGCAACAUGACAAUACAGAUGCAGCCUAGCUCUGGUGAAAAAUCACCCAAGGAGUCUAACAGCGAGUUACGUCAAAUCAAACCACAAACUGGAAACAGCACUAGGCAGAAACUACACCAAUGUGGAAAGUGUAGUAUGCAGUUUGGUCGACCAGGUCAGCUGAGGGAGCACAUUAUACUAGUCCACAAUGGAGGAAAACCGUUCAGAUGUGAGGAAUGCGGCAAACACUUCACCACGCUGAAAAUUCUCAAGAGACACAUAAAGAAUCACACAGGAGAGAAACCGCACCAGUGUAAGCAUUGCAGCAAAAGUUUCGCUCAGUCUGCUAAUCUGGCCAGGCACGUGCUAACUCACACCGGGGAGAGACCCUACGGGUGCGGAGAGUGUGGGAAACAGUUCACUCAGCUGGCAAAUCUGAAGGAUCACAUGCGGACUCACACAGGCGAGAAACCGUACCACUGUGACGAGUGCAACGAGCAGUUCACAACAUUGUCGCAUCUGAAGGGACAUAUCAUGAGGACUCAUGAUAGAGAGAGACUGCACUAUUGUGAUCAUGGGAAAUGCAAUAGAAGCUUCAGUGAAGUAGCUGAUCUGAUAAAACACCAUCAGUUAUGGCAUGGCACCAAGGGGACAGCUAGUGAUGACUGAUUCUGUGAACAACACAGUUACUAUAUAAUUAUGUCUUACAACUGUUGUACUAUUGAAUCUGGAAAAUGCCACAAUGUUUAAAUAAGUCUGUAUUUUCGACUGUUGAGACUCUCAAUAGUAGUGCCAGAAUGGGGACAUAUGGGGGUAUGUACUUUUUGAGGAUGAAAAUUGCAUUCCUCCAGUCUCAGGAUGACGUAAUAAUAAGUUCUUAAGGCUAAAUACUUCUAUAACUAAGUAUAAGAAGCCAGAAGACAGAAAAUAAGUCCAGUCAGACGUUUAACAUUAUACAAUGCAUUUUUAACCUUUAUACUAGCACUCAAAUAUUAAACAUUUUACCUACUUGA